AUGGCCAAGGUCGCAGCCGUGAAGGAGGCCGUCAAGGAGACCCUCAUCGGCUCCCAGGAGCCAGAGGUGACACAGCUUUCCGCCCAGACCAAGGCCCGCUUCAGCCGCCAUGCUCAGACAGACCUGGAGACGGGCGAGCUCGCUCUGGGGCCCGAACAGUUCAUCGACGCUGUCGCCCCCCCGAACGAAGACUAUCACAAGAUAAAGCGGGAACAGUAUUCGAUCCUGUUCCGCGUCGCCGACCGGAGGAAUAGGGGCAAGGUCAACCUCGCCGACUGGGGUUAUUUCGAGAACCUCCUCGCCAAGCCCGACGCCGAGUACGAGAUUGCCUUCCGUCUCUUCGACGUCGACCGCCUCGGCACCGUCAAGUACGACGACUUCCGCAAGCUCUACGAGCUCAACAAGGGGCCCGACAGCAUCCCCUUCAACUGGGACUGCGAGUGGGCCAGGCUGUACAUUGGCAGCAAGACCAAGAGGCACAACCUGGACUACCAACAAUUCUCGCAGAUGCUGCGUGGCCUCCAAGGGGAGAGGAUCAGACAGGCCUUCGAGCUCUUCGACAAGGAUGGCGAUGGCUUUAUCGAGCCCGAGGACUUUGAGCGCAUCAUUAUGGAGACGUCCAGGCACAAGCUCUCAGACCACCUGCUGGAAAACCUGCAUACCUUGUGCAACAUCACGCAGGGCAGCAAGGUGUCGUAUGCCAACGUUAGGGCCUUCCAGAACAUGAUUAAGGAGAUGGACCUGGUAGAGCUCAUCGUUCGACGCGCCUGCGCAAAGAGCGCCGACGGCAAGAUAACCAGGACCGAGUUCCUCAACCACGCCGCCAAGGUCACGCGCUUCACCAUGUUCACCCCCAUGGAGGCCAACAUCUUGUUCCACUUUGCCAGUCUCGACGAGCCGUCAGGUCGCCUUGGCCUGCGGGACUUUGCCAAGGUUCUCGACCCGUCCUGGCGAAACCGGGGGAUCCAGAGCGACGAAGCGGGCCCUCCAGCGGACAGGACUACUUCCCAGAACUUCUUCGCACAAGCUUUUGAGUCGGGCUACAACUUUGCUCUCGGCAGUUUCGCUGGCGCCUUCGGUGCCUUUAUGGUCUACCCCAUCGAUCUGGUCAAGACCAGGAUGCAGAACCAGAGGUCAGCCUCGGUGGGCCAGAGGCUGUAUCUGAACUCGAUCGACUGCUUCCGGAAGGUGAUACGGAACGAGGGGUUCAGGGGUCUGUACUCGGGCGUCGUUCCGCAGCUCAUCGGGGUGGCGCCCGAGAAGGCCAUCAAGCUCACGGUCAACGAUCUUGUUCGAGGAUGGUUCUCCGACAAGCAGGGGAUCAAGCUGUACCAUGAGAUCAUUGCCGGCGGCACUGCCGGUGCCUGUCAAGUCGUGUUCACGAACCCCUUGGAAAUCGUCAAGAUCCGUCUCCAGGUCCAGGGCGAGGUUGCCAAGAGCGUCGAGGGCGCGCCCAAGCGGUCUGCCAUGUGGAUCAUUCGGAAUCUGGGUCUGGUCGGGCUGUACAAGGGAGCCUCGGCGUGUCUGCUGCGCGAUGUGCCCUUCUCGGCCAUCUACUUCCCCACAUACGCCCACUUGAAGAAGGACCUCUUCGGCGAGUCGCCGACCAAGAAGCUCGGCGUGCUCCAGCUCUUGACAUCGGGCGCCAUCGCUGGAAUGCCGGCGGCUUACCUGACGACACCUUGCGACGUGAUCAAGACGCGGCUGCAAGUCGAGGCGCGGAAGGGCGACACUACGUACACAGGCCUGAGGCACGCCGCUAAGACGAUCCUCAAGGAGGAGGGGUUCCGGGCCUUCUUCAAGGGCGGGCCGGCGCGCAUCCUGCGGUCGUCGCCGCAGUUCGGCUUCACGCUCGCGGCCUACGAGCUGCUCCAGACGGCGCUGCCAUAUCCGGGCGGGGUCAAGUCGGAGUCGAAGCUGGGCGGCGGCGGCGUGGUGGACGUGGCGGCGGCGAUGAAGGACACGACACCCGACACGCCGUUCGUGCGGUCGCGGAACGCGCUCAAGAUUCUGCUCGACCUGGACGAGAACCUUGGGCGCACGAAGCUGGGGCCGAACGAGAAGGGAUGGAAGGUGCUGAGGCAAUGGAUACCAGCUGAGGGGGGUAGCAGCAGCAGCAGCAGCGCGAGCACGGCCUAA